AUGACGUCAGGGCGCGAGGGUUCGACGACGUCCGGCGCGACGACGACGCCGCACGUCGUCCUGUGCGACCCGCCCGUCACGUUCGCGCGCGCCGAAGCGCCCGAUGACCCGUCCGGCGCGAAUUCGUCCGGCGCGGGUUCGUCCGGCGCGCCAAGUUUCUUUUUCGACGAAGCCAACGAUUGGGUCAUCGCGCACGAGGAGGACGACGACGCGACGACGGCGUCGCUUCGAUGCCACCCGCUGCCGCCGCGGGGCCUCGCGCGAGCCGCGUCGGGCGCCGCCGGCGCCGUCCCGCCGCGUCCCGUGUCGAUCCGCGUGCCGCGGGGCCCGGCGCUGGACGCGCGCGUGUCGCCGCAGUGGAAACCGGGUCUCGACCGGCGCGACUUUCGAAGCGCGCCGCGCCUCGUCGCGAUCAAACGGUCCGACGUCGCCAUCGACGUCUACCGCGUCGACGUCGUCGACGACGGCGACGACGACGACGGGGUGGCGGCGCGCGGAGGGACACAGCUGUCGUCGGCGCGGUACGAGCUGCGUCGCGCGGGGGAAACGAUCCUGUCUUUUUUUUGGUCGCUCGCGCCGGGCGUCGACCUCGUCGUGGUCACCACCCGCGGACUGGAGCAGUACGCGUUAAAUGCGGGGUGCUGGGAUUAUGUCGCAGAAGACGACGCCGCACCCGCCGAGCCGCUCGCGCUGGUGUCCGUCGGGGAGAAACGGAUGAAAGGCGAGCGACCGGUGGGCUGGUGCGCGUACGAUUUUGACUCGAAGCUGGUGGUGCUCGGCUCCGGUCCCGGUCACGCGCGGCUCAACGCGUGGCAGUUCGCUGCGACUGGCGCGAUCAAGCUCCCGCGGUUCGAGCUUCCAAGCUCGGUGGCGGGCAUGGGCCUUGGGUCACCCCCCGCGUCGCCCCCGUCUUUGAGCCGCAGCCUUCGCGGGGAGGACGUGCGGUUGCUCACGCUCUACGGGCGGGUGUUCCUCGCCGUCGCCGACAGGCCGCGCGGGGAGCUCGUGCUGCACAGGGUGCACAGGGACGCGAUUGUGAAAGAACGCGUCGCGAACCUCUCGCCGAUGCUGCUGUACACCGAGGGCGCGCUGCCGCGGGGGGUGCCGCUAAACUUGAGCGUAGUGGAUAAUUUGCUCUGCGUGCACGCCUCUGGAAGCGGCUUCGUCUCCGCCAUCGACGUCGCACAGGCAAAUAGUCACGAACCGAACGACGAAAACGACGACGACGACGGCGGGGUUCGAUCCGGCGACCUCCCGGGCGGGGAGGUGAAACCCCUCGUCGCCACCCCGUCCCGCAUAGGCGGAGCACCCGAGAACGUUCGCGGUUUGACGUGCGUCGGCGCCGACGUCGUCGUCGACGUCGCGACGGGCCGAGCGUGGAAGCUCGCGCUGGAUCUCCGGGUCGCGUCAGACGUGGCGGGUGGCGGCGCGGGCGGCGACGUCGCCGCGUCAGUCGCGUUUCUGCAGCGGCGGAGCCAGGCGCCGUGGGCGGGUGAGGGUUUAGGGUUAGGGUUCGGCGACGACGGCGAGCGCGGCCGGGAGAUUCAGCUGACGAGGCGGGGCGCGGCUACCCCGCCGUUCUCGCCGCCGUUCUCCCCGCCCGCCUCGCCGACGCCGCGGCGUGUCGUCCCGCCCGCCGACGCUUCGUCUCGCGCUUCGUUCCACGCGAUUAACGACGCGGAUGAAAGUCCGAGGUCGCUCACCCUCGACGCGAUGCGCCGCGCGCUGGACCGCGGCGGCGACAACCUCGGGACGUUGCGAUCCGUGUUCGCGGCGGUGUGCGGGAGCUACGUCGAGGCGAGGUCCCGCGGCGCCGCCGCCGCGGCGGGCGCCAGGUUCCGCGCGUCGUUUCGCGCCCGCGGCGGCGUCGUCGUCGGCGGCGAGGACGACCCCUCAUCGCCCGAACCCCAUCGUGCUACCCCGAGCUCCCCUCGUCGUCGCGACAUCCCCCCGUCGUCGCCCGCGGUAUCGCCGUCGGACGCGUACGCGCUGGUGUUCCGGCCGCACGUCCACGCGUUGCUCGUUCCUGGCGUCGUGACGGGGGGGCGUCGCGUUCGGCGGCGCGCGCUUCGCGCCGCGAGAGCCGCCGUGGUCGAGUACCUCCUCGCCGCGGAACAGUCGGGGGCGUCACGGGAAUUUGGCGCCGGUCGUCACCUUUCGUCGUCCGGAUCUUCCCUCGGAUCUUCCCUCGGAUCUUCCCGGGGCGUCGCGAUGUGCGCGCGUCUCUGCGUCGCCGCAUCGGUCGCGCUGGGCGAGGCGCGGCGAACGAGCGCGUGGGAAACGCUGCUGGUGGACGCCGGCUACGACGACGAAGAAGAAGAAGCGGCGGAUUUCCUUCGCCGGGAGACGUCCUCCGUUUCCAUUCGCGGCCGGUGCCGGGGUGACGACGACGCGGACGACUGCGACGCGGACGACUGCGACGCGGGGGAUACGGAACGUCAGGCGGCCGGGAGGGGAACCGCCGCGACGGUUCGCAUCCCGGCCCGCGACGGUCAGAGCCCCGUCGCGUCGAACCCCGCGGAGGCGUUCGCGUCGCUCGCUGGUCGACCGGUUCGGCUGGCCGCGGCGCACAGGUGGUACGAAGAAACGUCCCCUGGUUCCCUUCGCGGUACCCCGCUGGGGGCCAAGUACCGUCGCGCGUUCGACCCGGAUGCGGGCGGCUCGGACGGGGCGGGGACGGACGAGGAGGAGCGAGGCGAGGUCCACCCGGGGGACACAGACACCACGCCGCGAGGUUGA